GUGUGAACUUAGGCACUGUGGUUUAUUCAGUAAACCACAGUUCCUAAAUUCACACUGCACUAUAAACCCAACGUUCAGUCAACCACAGUUUGCCAAACCACAGUACAAGCAAAAACAGGUUAUUCCAAGUCCUCCUUUAAUCCCACGGAAUUCAGUGUCUCUUCUCUAAAACAAGCUCUGUGGUCUUUUAAGCAUUUAUUCAGCAAAACAUUCAGCUCUACUGCUCUCUUCCUCGGGGUGAGUAAGCCACCGACAAGAAGAAAGAGUUGGACAAUUAAGAGCUGUCCUUGAUCCGGCAAACCCAAUCUCCCUUCAUGGAUGUGGUCAAGAGAACGCUACAAAGGAAUGGUAUCGCAGGAUGUGUGGCUCUGUUGUUCCUUGAUUUAAGGAACGUUCUUCCUUGCCCUCCCAUCUGCCAGCUGUGCUCCACAGAUACAGUCGAAUGUGAGGAUGUGUCUUCACUCCAAGAGGUCUUAAUAGCUUUGCCAAGUUCCACCCAGCAGAUCCUUCUACAGCAAGGGAACCUUAGUGAGAUCCCUCCUCUGUCCUUCAGCAAUUUCACCAGUCUUUAUUUCUUGUCGAUCACCGGAUUCCUGGUCUCCUCUUUGGCCGACUUCACCUUUUUCACACCUUACGUCAACCCCCUGAAGAUUCUGGAUCUCAGCAACAACCAGCUGGUCAGUUGUACAAUUGAGCCUUUGGCUUUCUCUGGUCUUCUGUAUCUUGAAGAGUUGGUUCUAGCCAACAACAGCUUGGACAUUUUGAAGGGGACGUGGUUCAUGGAGAUGCCGAAACUCAAGAAACUCUCCCUUGCCCUUAACAGAAUCACCUACCUUCCCCCAAGGACCUUUGAGAACUUAAACACGCUCGAUGAACUGGUGGUCUCCUCCAAUAUGAUUCAGUAUCUCCCCAUGGAUGCUUUUUUGGGCUUGGAUUCCUUGACCAAGCUGGACUUGUCAAUUAAUAAAAUCUUCUUUAUCAACCAGAAAGCCUUCCAACCUUUGCAAGCACUCCAAGAUCUCUUGUUAUUCCAGAACAGGUUGACCACUUUACCGACUCUCCCGGAUUCCAUCAAGUUCCUGGUUCUUCACAGAAAUCCCUGGGUUUGUAACUGCCAGUUGAUCCAGUCCAUGCAAUCGGUGGAGGCUAAAAUCCAAUCGCCUACUGGAGUCACUUGCGAAAGACCCUCCUUUCUUGCAGGACACCAAGUGACCAGCAGCAAGUUUCUGGGGUGUGAUCCAUCACCUUCCAGCUAUUUGUCUUCCCAUCUGUUCUCAACCAUCGAUUUUCCGCCUUUGCGAUCAGGAACUUUGAAGCUGAUCUGUGGUUUGUUAGGUGGCUUUUUCCUUGGUUUCACCGUGAGCCUGUUCUGCUGUUAUUGCCUUCCCAAAUGUUGCAGCUGCCAAUCGCCCUUCGCAAAUCAGUCAAGGAAUACAAAGGCUCUUUCGAGCAGCGGGGUCAAACCUUCCGUGAAUCCAGGAGGGAAAACCUCCGGCGGGGAUUCCCAGAUCCUUUCCGGUCUUCCGGCUGCAGAGAGCUCGGCUUUGGAAGGAGGCCGCUUCGCAAGAGGAACCCGCUGUGGGCCGUUUGUCUCCCCUUCUCAAAUUUGCUACGGGGAGCAGGUGAGAUUCCAGAGUCCGCUGGUUGCCUAUUUAUCCGUGGACCCAAUGGGUCGAAGCAUUGUGGCCUUCUGUGAGAAAGGACACGAAGCAAGAUGUCCAGUCUUCGGCCAGCCUGGCUAUCCAGCUCUCCAGGACCAUACCAACAAGGGGACCGAAGUCUCCAGGGAUGGUGGCAUCCGAGACCAACGCUGCCCCACAUGCAUGCAAGGGUUAAGGGGUUCCCGUGUUCUACCUGCCACUAUUGAUCAGAUAGCAAAGAUGCAACCAGGCUCGGGAGAGCAAGUAGAUCACCAGAUGAACAGCCAAACUUGGCAUCCUGAGAUUCACCUUAGAGACACUCAGCCUUUGCCAGCUCUGGUCCAUAUAGAUUUCCCUGACGGAAGCGCCAUGAAGAUCGAACACAACAGAGCCGCUUCUCGUACGUCUCCUUCCAAGAGAAACGAGUCUCAUGAGAGCAGAAGCUACCCCCAGGCUUCUCCCAGUUGCUUGAGGAGAAAGAGGCGCAAUCAUGGGCAUCCCCACCACCAAUCCCAAAUUGGCUUCGCAUCUCCUGAAAGUAAUUCGGCUUCUGACUUGAGACACUGGCAAGAAAGUUGGACGGGGAGGAAAGAUCCCAGAAGGUCUGAUCUUCACCUCACCUUUGCAGACCCGCCCAAUAAAAGCCAGAGAUGGAAACGUUGCCCUCUACAUCCAACCCAUGAGGUGACCUCCACUCCUUCUCUUUCUAGCGUGUCCAGCCAACCAGAAGCAAACAGGUUCCAUCACUUGAACGAACCUUGUCCCAGAUGGUUCUCGGUUCCUCAUUGUCCUGGGAAAAGAACACGAGCAUCUCAGGAGUUUGAGAAAGCUCAACAAGCUGGAGAAACGUUUCUCAGCCAUAGGAGGUCUAGGAGCAGACGAGAAGACCCAAGGUGCCUUACCAGAAAGGAAUCCACCCUGAACAGGAUCUGGAAAUGCCAAAACUGUGGUUGCGAAGGCUCUGCCCCUUGUUCUGUGAAUACAAGGAGAUCUGCUCAACCAGGCAUUGAUCCAAGGAGGACAUUUCUAGAUGCCAGUACUCAAUGGUCCUCUACCGAUGCAGUCCGCCUUAAAGAACAUGAAUUUGCCCUAACUUUUCUGGGUGCUCCACACAAUAUCGCGAAGACGCGGUCAGAAGAACGCUGGUUAGCGGCUUGUUUCCCAAACUUCCAGCCCAGCUCUGUCCGAGCCCAUGGUCCAGGUGAAAUAGAUUCCAUCUACGAGUAUCCUUCUCCGUUGCUCAGCACAACCGCCUUCCACCCGCCCUCCGUGUUCGUUGAGGGUCCCAUGACAGAGUCAAUACGGAAGCAUCAGAACCACUCGACGGAUUUCCUUAAGGUCCCAGACACCGAACCUACGUCUCUCGCGGAUCCUUUGGCAGACCGAUGGCCUCCAGAGAAGAAAGCGUUCAGAAGCUUGGGUGAAGAAGUCCAACGUUCAGAAGAAGAAAUUCUGUUGGAGGCCAUUGCAUUGGACGGUGAGAAGCCUUCGGAGGACAGUGAAGGAGAUCCAGUGACUCCAUCCCCCGUUGUCAGUGGCUUCUCUUUCAGAAUGGACGCAAAUCCAUCUUUGCAGGAGCUGCCUGUCUCCAUCAGGGGCUGUAGUCAAGUCACCUUUUCGGCCAUCCCAGAAGAUACCAAUCCAAAGACUUGCAGCAUCAUGACCCUUUGCCCUUUGGUUCACAAGAUGUUCCAGAUUGAUUUUCCCCUUCCAGCCGAGGAGGAGGAGGAAGCCAAACCAUUUCAAGGUGAAGAAUGAGGUGGAUAACGCACCCAACCAACAGAACGUAUCAUUCUAUCGUUGACUCAUUCCCCACUCUGUUUUGUAUUUCGGCUUGAAUAAAGGUUUGGUUGAAGAUCGGAAA